UAAAAAAAAAUAAUUUUGAUAGUUACGGGGCAGUGCGGGGGGCAACUUCGUCUGUUAUUUUCGUUAAAAAAUUCAUUAGAAAUCUAAUUUUAAGUGAAACUAUAAUAAAAUAAGCAAAAUGGAUGAGAAAGGAAGAAAAGUUAUCGUUUGCGACAACGGCACAGGCUUCGUGAAGUGUGGAUAUGCUGGAAGCAACUUCCCGGCGUUCAUAUUCCCGUCGAUGGUCGGCCGGCCGAUCAUCAGGGCUGAGAAUAAGAUCGGAGACAUCGAUGUGAAGGAUUUAAUGGUUGGUGAUGAAGCUUCCAAACUCAGGUCUAUGCUGGAAGUCAGCUAUCCUAUGGAGAAUGGAGUGGUCCGCAACUGGGAGGACAUGUGCCACGUGUGGGACUACACGUUCGGGCCCAGCAAGAUGAACGUAGACCCCCGGGAGACCAAGAUCCUGCUCACAGAACCCCCCAUGAACCCCACCAAGAACAGGGAGAAGAUGAUUGAGGUAAUGUUCGAGAAGUACGAGUUCGACAGCGCAUACAUCGCGAUCCAGGCGGUACUCACGCUCUACGCACAGGGACUCAUUUCAGGAGUCGUCGUCGAUUCAGGUGAUGGCGUAACCCACAUAUGCCCUGUAUAUGAAGAGUUCUCGCUGCCUCACCUCACCAGACGACUCGACAUUGCCGGUAGAGACAUUACCAGGUAUCUUAUCAAGCUCCUCCUCCUCCGAGGGUACGCCUUCAACCACUCGGCAGACUUCGAGACAGUCCGCAUGAUGAAGGAGAAGCUCUGCUACAUCGGGUACAACAUCGAGCAGGAGCAGCGCCUCGCCUGGGAGACUACCGUGCUCGUCGAGCCCUAUGUGCUACCCGACGGCAGAGUGAUCAAAGUAGGAGGUGAGAGGUUCGAGGCUCCGGAGGCGUUGUUCCAGCCACAUCUCAUCAACGUGGAGGGACAGGGAAUCGCCGAGCUCGUGUUUAAUACUAUACAGGCAGCGGACAUCGACAUGCGCAACGAGCUGUACAAGCACAUCGUGCUGUCGGGCGGCUCCACCAUGUACCCGGGGCUGCCGUCCCGCCUCGAGCGCGAGAUCAAGCAGCUCUACCUCGAGCGCGUGCUCAAGAACGACUGCGACAAGCUGGCGAAAUUCAAGAUCCGCGUGGAAGACCCGCCGCGGCGCAAGGACAUGGUGUUCAUCGGCGGCGCGGUGCUGGCCGAGGUCUGCAAGAACAGGGACAACUUCUGGCUCUCUAGGAACGAGUACCUUGAACAGGGUAUCUCCUGUUUAAGGAAGCUCGGUCCCCGCGCCAGUUAAUGACUGAAUCACUACUUAAUUACUCUUACUGUAUAUAGACGGUGACUAAACGGCGUAAACGACAUUAAUAAUGAGUUGUACCAUUUAACUAUAAUGAUAUAUAAACCAUAACCAGUCGUGAAAUUGCCAGUCAUUGGUUAAAAUCACGGAGAAAGGAAAGAUAAGCGGAGAUGCCAUAAGGAAGGUAGGUCAAACGCCUUCUUGUAGGUCAAGCAACGUACGGUAGGCGUGAUCAGUUACUUACUAGAACUAACGAGAUGUUCGGGUUCCUUGUCAAAUCUAAACCAAUCUGUCAAAAUUGACGUGAUUGAUUGAUGAUUUGUUUUUAAAAAAGAUCCCGACGAAUUGAGAACCUCCUCCUUUCUGGGAAGUCGGUUAAAAAUAAAUGGGCGGGUUCCAUAGAAGGCGUAUGAGGGCGGAGGUAGUAACGUUCCAGUCAAAAACAGUAACUAACGUUCUUCGUCCCCCGAACACCCGCAUGUUGUCGCGCUACUUUCCUAGGAGAUUUUCCGUUAUGACAUCUCCGCUAGUCAUUUUGUUCUCUGUGGUCAAAUCGGUGAUUUGACAACUGGAAAUGGUUAAACUAUUGUUAAAUUGUGUAAUUCACCUUACACCAAUCUUUUUGUCGUCGCUUACGUCUACCGUCGAUACGAUUCAAGUAUUCCGUUAUUUUACUUCGAAAUUAAGUUAGCUUGUAUAGAAUCAAUGAUUUUAUUAUGUUUAUAAAUUUUGUAUAUCGAUUUAAUAGUUACAGUGAAUAGAACUGUUUAUUGAUUUUUUUUUGUAUUUUCUAGGCGUGUGUGUGUUAUGUAGGCUUUAGUUCAUAAAUGGAACAAAGAAAGAUUAAAUUUGAAUAAAAUCUAGCGAAACGUGUGUAUUGUUAAGCGUAUGAACUUAUUUUUCCAAUAACAUUAUAAACACAAUAUUUAUUUAUACAUACUUUAUGAUUUCAUAUUUUUUACGCAAAUGCAGAAGAUCUCUUCAUGCAUUUUUUGAGAUGUAAAGUACCUACAUAACAUGCACAUACUAAUAAAGCAUUUAAUUUAAAUUUAAUAUACCUAAAAGCCUCACCAACUACUUAUAAUUUACAUAAAGAUGUUUAACCAUGAGAUUUUAUAUAAAAUUCAACACAAUUUAGGUUUAGCUAGUACUUUUUGUAAUCUAGAUCAAAACUUGAUUAUUAAGAAAUAUUACAAGGAAGAAAGGAAAAUUUGAAAAGAAAUAUGUUUUAAGACUUAAUAAAAAUUGGUAUGUUAACUGAUGUCAGUCUUUUCGUCAAAUACUGAAACGCUACUUAAUUUUAGCGUCUGCUCAAACAUUAUUCUAUCUCUAUCACAUUUACGUAAAUUGCUGAGACAGAAAGACUAAGUGCGGCGUAAAGUUAAGUAACGUUUGAGUAUUUCGUGAGUAUGGGAGUAUUGUAUAGAAACUUUUAAUAUUCAGUAAUUAAUAUUCAGUACUGGCACUGGUACUGGGUACUGUACGUGUAAUUGUUUGGUGAAGUUUUGCCAAAACAGGGGAUUUAUUUUGCACAAAAUUCUGUAUGUAAUUUUUUAUGGUACUCAAUUAUUAGUGAUCCUAGAGCAUAUUUUAUGCGAUAGAAGUUUUCACAGACUGCCAAAUGUAGUAGCAAAGACAAGACUACCUGCAUUUAUUGAAUUUGAGAUAACUCUAGUAUUACAUGAGUUUCAAGAAUGUCAUAAGAAUUAAAAUGUCGAUGCCAAUUCCAUAAAAAUACUCUCUGACUUCAACUUAUUUAUAGCUGGAAGGCGAUAUAAAGAAAUCUUUUUUAUGAAGUCGGUUGUAAUACAGAAUGAGAAGUGGGUACUUUUUGUACGAGAAAAAAUUGUAUGCAAUAAGUGUAAGUCGAUGUCGACACGGGAGGGAAUGUAAAUGUAAUAAUUAUUGUAUGAUUUGUAAUUAAUUAUAAUUUAAUUGAAUC